AUGUGAUUGCUAAGAUGGCGUCGCCCGGUUCCCGGAGGCUGCUGGCUGCGGCUCUGCUGCCUUGGUGUUGCGUCGCCUGGGCCCUGGGGCAUCUGGACCCACCUUCUCCACCACCGCUGGUGAUCUGGCAUGGGAUGGGGGACACCUGUUGUAACCCCAUGAGCAUGGGUGGCAUUAAAAAGAUGGUUGAAAAGGAAAUACCUGGGAUUUACGUCCUGUCUCUAGAGAUUGGGAAGAACAUGGUAGAGGAUAUGGAAAACAGCUUCUUCUUGAAUGUCAAUCACCAAGUCAGCAUGGCGUGUCAGAUUCUGAAAAAGGAUCCUAAGUUGCAGCAGGGAUACAAUGCUAUUGGCUUCUCCCAGGGAGGCCAGUUCCUGAGGGCAGUGGCUCAGAGAUGCCCGACACCUCCCAUGAUGACUCUGAUCUCAGUUGGGGGACAACAUCAAGGUGUCUUUGGAUUCCCCCGAUGCCCAGGAGAGAGUUCUCACAUCUGCGACUUCAUCAGGAAGUCGCUUAAUGCUGGUGCUUACUCCAAAAUUGUGCAAGAACGCCUGGUGCAAGCACAGUACUGGCAUGACCCCAUCAAUGAGGAUGUAUACCGAAACUACAGCAUCUUCUUGGCAGACAUAAAUCAAGAGAGGAGUGUCAAUGAGUCAUACAAGGAGAACCUGAUGGCCCUCAAGAAGUUUGUGAUGGUGAAAUUCUUGAGCGAUUCCAUGGUGGACCCUAUCGACUCUGAGUGGUUUGGAUUUUACAGACGAGGCCAAGCUAAGGAAACCAUUCCCCUCCAGGAGACCACUCUAUACACAGAGGACCGCCUGGGGCUAAAGAAAAUGGACAAAGCAGGAAAGCUUGUGUUUCUAGCAAAGGAAGGGGACCAUCUUGAAAUGUCUAAAGAAUGGUUUAUUGCUCACAUCAUACCCUUUCUUAAGUGAAGCCCUUGCACUUUGCAGCGGAGAUCAUGAAACGGCAGCUCUUCCAAGCCAUGUAAAUAGUUGUCGUGCUCAACCCUGAAUUCUACUCUAGCCUGCAACCAGUCCUUCUCCCUGUAAUCACCUAACAUGCCCUACUUGGAAAGAUCUCAGAUCUGAAUCUUAUCCUUUGCCGCCUGCUAUCACAUAUGGUGUUGAAUUCAAGUUUAAUUAGCUAAUAACCAUGGAGAUUGUUUUACAACCUUGUGAUACAGUCAUGCUCCCUUUUAAGAAAGGGGAGUCUUCUGUUGCAGACAAUAAUUGUGCCUAAAAGAGAUGGAAGUGAAGCAGAGAGAGACAAGCUCUGAGGGCAAAAACCCAUACAAAUUUGAAGUAAAUAAAAACCUUGUGGUACCCAGUCCUGAGAUGUUCACACAAGCAAUUUCUCAACAUUGCUGUGUGGGCCAGACAUGUUUUCCUGUGUAAGUGUUGCCCUCUAGUGGCGCCUAGCAGUCACUCCACAAGCCUAUCAUCAUGCCCCCUCUGAGCUCACCUUGUAUCUUUAAUCCUCAGUAACAGAAUUAGUAACAAAAGGGGGAACCACCAACAGGGUGCUUAGGAGAGAUGUACUUCUUUUCUUCUCUUUUUUGAGACAGGGUUUCACUCACUUUGUAACCCUGGCUGGCCUGGAAUUCACAGUCACAGAGAUCAACUGUUCCUCUGCCUUCUGAGCGCUGGGGUUAAAGGCGUGCACCAUCACACCCUACAGCAAUGUGUGUCUUAUAUACCAUGAGAUAGGGAGGGAGUGGAGACUGAAAACCAGGUGACUGUUCUUGCCACUGCCCUUAAUAUUACAAGUGUCAUGAAUGUCACUUACACCAUUGCAAAAACUGGGAGGAACAGUCUGAAAAGGUGGGGCUUUGACAUUCCUACCCUCUAUCCUAUUUACCAGCAUAUGUCAAACUGUUGCUGACCGGGCUCAAGAAAAUGAAGACUAUUGUAGACUUCCGUUUCCCUCUGAAAAUCAACCCAUAUUAAACUGAUGACGACUCUGGUAGUUAAAGGAAAUCAAUAGUGAUCCAUUGUGUCCUCACUUGAACAUGGCCUCCUUAGCCCCCAUGCGGAAAAGCCCUCAGCAUGUUCUAGGGGACUCCUAUAGAGCACUGGUUUAGAGAAAUGACUGUGUUCAUGAAAGCACCUUUAGCACUGCAGGAUCCGCCCACUGCCCAUGUUUCCUUUUCCUUUCUCAAACUUAUUCAAAUAAAAGGAGGAGGGCUAAAGGCAGGAAGUGGGAGGGUCUGAAAAUAGCUUUGAGGUUGUCUUAAAAAAAUAAUAAAGAGUAGUUUCUCA